UCUACUAUAUAAACUGGUCGCCGCUCGGUAGGGACUGACACAUACAUACAGGUGGUCGUAUACACAGUAUACUUAAUUAGGGAAUCAUGCUUUACCUCAAGGAAGCGCUAGUGUAUCUAGCGGUGUUGAUAGCAGUUACCUCAUCACAAGCUACCUACGGUCGCAAGAGACCUGCCAAAUAUCUACCACCUAGACGUUCUUACAACCCAGUCAAAGAAGUAGUGAAAACAUACAACCCAGUCAAAGAAGUUGUGAAAAAAGCUAUCCAUCCAAAACACACCAGCAAGUUUCCUGUUGUUGAUCCAUUGAGUGCAAUACUCCCUGACGAACGACCAGUAGAUGGUGGCUUCUUCCCAGAUCCUUUAUUGGAACGUAUAGGCAGAAUCGGUGACCAGCGUAGACCUGUCAGGGAUGGCGAAAUUCGACGGAGACCAGGAGAUUUUAACCCACGUUUAUCCAGAGGCAAUGAUCGCGGGAAUGGAGCAGGGAUCCUUAUCGAUCCUCUCGACCGUAGAGGUUCUGACUCAUGGGUUGACAGAAGCAGAAGUCGAAACCAAUUCCCUUCAUCUGCCGACCGCGUUGGUGACUCCUGGGGUCCUAGUGAUGUACCACGCGAUCCUUGGGUUGGCAGAGAUGCUUCCCAGUGGACGGACAACAGUGGACCACGAUCACAAUUCCCACGGAAUAAUGGCGGGUCACUAGAAAGACGGUCUUCACUACCGGGCUUUAUUGACGAGUCAAGGUUAAGGGAUUGGAACACGAGAGAGCAAGAUGUUGGCAGUAUCUUGGAUAGAAGUGUUGAUCGGUCGAUAGGUAGAGAUGUUUUACCAAAUGGAAAUAGAAACACGGGUCUGCGAGAUCUCAACCCGGAUAUGACAAGACUUCUCAGAAGCAGACUUCGGGAUACGGUAUCAAAUGCACGUACCGAUAGAGGAUUCCAAAAUAGAGAAAGCCUACCACGCGGACGUCGUGGCGAAUUUCUCCCCAACCUACAGGAACGCCAAAAUUGGUAAAUAUCUGUACCAGUGAUCGGAUUACCGUCGACGCAAAGGAUACUGAUCCGAAUAGGAAUUCCAUAAAUAUUUGGACUUUAUUUAUGUGUUAUAUUUAUUAUACUUCUUUUAUUUUUAUAACAUUAAAUGUUACUACUUUAA